ACUGUCCGGGGCUCGUGCAGCUGCUAGUCCAUCCUCGCGCUCUCCCACAGCCGCUCAGACCAGCCGCACGCGCGCUUCCGUCCGCCUCCAUCCCCGACAGAACAGUCCGACCGUCCGGAUAACGAGCCCCGUUCUGCCUCUGCUCACAGCACCACAACCCGAGGAAACAUGGAGGCCAUCAAGAAGAAAAUGCAGAUGCUGAAGCUGGAUAAGGAGAACGCGAUUGACCGGGCCGAGCAGGCUGAGGGGGACAAGAAGGGAGCGGAGGACAAAUGCAAACAGCUGGAAGAGGAGCUGCUGGGUCUGCAGAAGAAGCUCAAAGGAGUGGAAGAUGAGCUGGACAAAUACUCUGAGUCCCUGAAGGAUGCCCAGGAAAAGCUUGAGCAGGCAGAAAAGAAGGCAACGGAUGCUGAGGCAGAAGUGGCAUCUCUGAACAGGCGUAUCCAGCUGGUGGAGGAGGAGUUGGACCGAGCUCAGGAGAGACUGGCUACCGCUCUACAGAAACUGGAGGAGGCUGAGAAAGCUGCAGAUGAGAGCGAGAGAGGAAUGAAGGUUAUAGAGAACAGAGCAACAAAAGAUGAAGAAAAAAUGGAGAUCCAGGAGAUGCAACUGAAGGAAGCCAAACACAUCGCUGAGGAGGCUGAUCGAAAAUAUGAAGAGGUUGCACGUAAACUGGUGAUCCUUGAGGGUGAUCUGGAGCGCUCAGAGGAGCGAGCCGAGGUGGCUGAGGCUAAAUCAGGUGACCUUGAGGAAGAGUUGAAAAAUGUCACCAACAACUUGAAGUCACUGGAAGCCCAGUCUGACAAGUACUCACAAAAGGAGGACAAAUAUGAAGAGGAAAUUAAAGUUCUUACUGACAAACUGAAGGAGGCAGAGACCCGUGCAGAAUUUGCAGAGAGGUCUGUGGCAAAGCUGGAGAAGACUAUUGACGAUUUGGAAGGUAUUCAACACUCACCUUUCAUCUCUUACUGUGCUUCCACUGGCAUGUGUGCUCACUGUCCUUUGAUGAACAGUGUUAAAGUAACAAACAGCUUCACUAAUCCCAGUUCGAGCAUUGGAACUGACUGUGCAUUGUAG